UCAUCGCCUACGUAGCUCUGUAAGGGGAAUCUCCGUAUUCAGUCUUCGCGCGGUAUUUUGCUUUCUGCGUGCAUAAAUGAUGGUAAAAAUGCUGCCCUGACAUUUUAUAUUUAAUGUUUAUGUGCUCUUUCUGAAUUGAAGAGACCGUACGGAUAAAAACGUUAGCCAUGUAGCUAGCUCGGCUGGCAAGUAGCUAUAACGUUAGUUGGUUGCCAUCAAUGGAGAGAGUGUCAAAACCAUCCGUCGGGCGAGAGAAGGAGCUCUCUGUCGGUGUGAUGUCUGACAUUCUGUCUCUACCCUCCUACAAAGACUACCCCGCAGGCCGCCCCUUCGUCAACACCUCUCUACCCUCCUACACACUCACAACUCGCAACACACACGUACCCUGCCAGACACUGUCCAGCAAGGCAUUCCCAGAAAGCAGCAGUACAGCGAUCCUGUCUGCUCUGAUGAACCUACAGGAGAAGAUCAGGAAGCUGGAGUUGGAGAGAGGCAGAACGGAGCGGAGUCUACACAGCCUGGAGAAAGAGACCUCACACACUGACCUAAGGAGUGACACACACAAACCCACAGACACACACAAGAGAGAGACCAGCCACCAGUCAGAACCCAACCAAGUGUUAGUGACUCAGCUGGCUGCAGCGGAGGCUCGCUGUAAGCUGUUGGACAGACAACUGGAGUACAUGAGGAAGAUGGUCCGCAACGCAGAGGCCGACAGAACAACCCUGCUCAAACGCCAGGUUUCCCUGGAGAUGACCAGGUCAGCUGCUCCCGCCCCUGACUCCGCCCACCAGACCCAGUUAGAGAAGCUGGCGCUACUGGAGCAGGAACACCAGAGACUGACCCGCACACAGAACCACGCAGAGGUACACACACACACACACAUACACGGUCUGGAGGCCACUCGAUCCCUGAUCCAGUCUGUGUCGCCCUCACCCCGCCUUCCCCAAAGCCAGAAGAUACAAUCAGAGAGAAGAAACACUUCCCAAGGGAGCAGCCUUCCCAUGAGCCUUUGGCUGUGCUGUACAACCACCUUUUCUGAUGUGAAUUUGUGUGCUCUACCAGAAACCUGUUCUGCCAGGGCAGGCCUCACAGCCACACUACAGGACGAGCCUAGGAGACGUCCCUUUGUAGCAGGGAAGUCUGUAGGGUGCAGUCACUCGGUCAGGGCCAACGUCCAGUCUGUUCUCUCCCUGCUGAAGCAGCAUCAGCCCCAGCUAUGUAACGCACGCGUCCUCUCUCACACCCCUCUGGCCCAGCAAGCCAAUGGCAGCGGCUCCUCCUCUUCCUGUGGGGAGGAGCUAUCAGACCUCCUGCUGGCCCUGCAGGAUGAACUGGGACACAUGAGUCUUGAGCAGCAGGAGUUGGUGCGGCAGGCUGAUGCCUGUGUGUGUGAGCGGGAGAGGAGGGGGGUGGAGAGAGAACAGGAGACUCUACUCAGGAGAAUGGAGAGAAAAGGAGAGCAGAUCAGCAAGCUACGCAGACACCAAGCACAGGUGAAGAGGUUUAUGAGAGAUGCUCGUGGUCAGAAGCAAGGUGGAGAGGUGAAGGUGACCACCACAGUGACCACACGCAGUCGCUCUGCCGGAGCGGUCGAGGUUCGGCCGGGGGACCGUAGCAGGAAAAGUCUAACACUGCUCAGGGACAUGAGGUCCCUGCAGACCUCGCUACGCCCCAACCAACCACAAUGGAGCUACUGACCACAUCAGGACCAAUCACAAUGGAGCUACUGACUACAACAGGACCAACCACAAUGGAGCUACUGACCACAACAGGACCAAUCACAAUGGAGCUACUGACCACAACAGGACCAACCACAAUGGAGCUACUNCCAACCACAAUGGAGCUACUGACCACAACAGGACCAAUCACAAUGGAGCUACUGACCACAACAGGACCAACCACAAUGGAGCUACUGACCACAACGGGACCAACCACAAUGGAGCUACUGACCACAACAGGACCAACCUCACUGACGCGACUGAGACACUAUUACUCACCAGACGGCAGCAGGAACUGGACCAUGAUGCUGGUCAGACUUUAUCAUCCUGAACUUCUCUGAUGGACGUCCCGUGGGUGUCGUCGUGUAGCGAAGAGGAAUGAGGCCUACCAAGGACAUUUGGAAGAGGAGGAUGCUGAUGAAUGACUUCCAGGGACAUUGGGGUGUAGAGAAGGCCGGUACUGAUGUGUUUCAGAUGUCUUUGGUAGAGCAGCAUAGCAAUGACAUCAUACAGACUGCGGAGAGAGAACACUCCUCCUGAUGUGUACAGUAUAUCUGAUUCAUCUAUUGGCUCUCCCAGGGGUUUAACAGGGUGUGUUGUAUAAAUCUGAUACAGUGUGUUCCACUGUUGCUGCAAACCUCCGCUCACAGCAAUAGACUGAAUUUUGUGUGUAGUUUUGUGUAUUAAAUGGUGUAACCACUCUGUAACGAUUCCCUAAGAUUAAUACACAUUUGAGUGUGUGAGUAGGGAACGAACAGGGGGGGGUGUGUUGCUGGGGGUUGGGAAGCCUUACGACAUCCUUAAAAAUGGUGUGUGUGUGUGUUGCGGAUUCCGGUUGUUUACUUGAACCAACAUUUUAAAUUUGUUAGAUUUCUACAAUUACGGCUUGUGUAUCAAAUGGUCUGAAAUAAACUAUUUAUUUUUCUAG